AGCUCACCUGCACAGACCAAUCAAAACACACCUUUGAUCGAUUCGUCGCCGUCGCCGACGACCGGGAAGAUGCCGGGAGCCGUGAAGGUGUUCGGGUCGCCGACGUCGGCCGAGGUGGCCCGCGUGCUGGCUUGCCUGUUCGAGAAGGACGUCGAGUUCCAGCUCAUCCGCGUCGACUCAUUCCGCGGCGCCAAACGCAUGCCCCAGUAUCUGAAACUCCAGCCACACGGCGAGGCCCUCACCUUCGAGGACGGCAAUGUCACGCUCGUCGAGUCGAGGAAGAUCUUGAGACACAUAGCGGACAAGUACAAGGACCAGGGGAACACGGAGCUGAUCGGGACGGGGGCGCUGGAGCGGUCAUCGAUCGAGCAGUGGCUGCAGACGGAGGCGCAGAGCUUCGACGUGCCCAGCGCCGACCUGGUGUACAGCCUCGCCUUCCUGCCGCCGCCGCCGGCGCAGGCGCAGCUCGGCGGCGGGAAGGCGAAGGGCGCCGAGUGCGACGAGCAGGACGGCGGCGGAGAGCGGCAGGGCCGCGGCGGAGGAGGGAGGAACGGCGAGAUGAACCCGGCGCACCGGCAGAAGGUGGAGGAGAUGCGGCAGCUGUUCGAGAAGAGCAGGAAGGAGCUGAACAAGGUGCUGGACAUCUACGAGCAGCGGCUGGACGAGGCGGAGUACCUCGCCGGCGACAAGUUCACCCUCGCCGACCUGUCCCACCUCCCUAAGGCCGACGCCCUCGCCUCCGACCCGCGCUCCCUCAGCAUGAUCCAGUCGCGCCGGAACGUCAGCCGGUGGUGGGCCGACAUCUCCGGCCGCGAGUCGUGGAAGUACAUCAAGAGCCUCAACCGCCCGCCGUCCGCCGAGGCGCCGUUCUGAUGAGGAUGAUGAUGACGAUUGAUGCUGGUGGCCGGGCAGCCGCCGUGAAGUCUCCGGCCCGGCGGCGGCCGGCCGGCGAGAGGAGAUCGAAGGGGUCGCGUGCACAUUUUCCGUCGUCGUCGUUGUCAAUAACCGGACACCCACGCAUGCUGUGUUCGAGCCUUCAUUUGUCUGUUGUGUAACACGUUCAAUAAAAUGCAUGCCCCUUUUACAUGAUAUAUCACAUUAUUUGUCAUAUAAUUCUCCCUCAUAUGCUUGA